ACUGUCUUGGCCACCUAUCAUUAGUCUCAAAUACACAGCCAUUGAUUUGUUUCAGGUUCAGACCUUAUUUGCCACAAGCCUCUUGGGCUGAGCCAUGUAAAGUUUCCUCCUAUCGGAUGCCGCGUAAAAAGGCUGCAGACCGCGUGGGUCCGGUCAAGACCCGGAGCCGUAGCGGCUGCAAAGAGUGCCGCGCGAGUCGAGUCCGCUGUGACACACAAAAGCCGGUCUGCUCCAGGUGCCGGGAGAGGGGCCUAGCUUGUUCAACGCAACUGGUCCUGAAAUGGGAGUCGGAGUUUGCGAGCCGAGGGCUUGCCUUCGGUCGAGCUGGCGUUUGGAGUAAGUCGGGCUCUCAGUCCAAGACACUGCCUCCCUCGGCGUUCCUUUCAUAUGACGACCAGGAAUGGUGCGACAUUCCUCUCAUUGAAUCCUGGGGGUUCGUCAAUAUCGGUGUGUCGACAUUCGAACAACCGGGCCAAGUCAACGUGGCAUGUGAUGAACUAAAUGCGGUCGUGGUUCGCGACAAGGGGAAAGGAAGACUCGAAGUAAAGCCAAACUGGCGUGCGCAAGUAGAUCUCACAAAUUAUGGCCCAAGUUUACAAUUCUUGCCCCAACUUGCGACCUCUUUACCGUUAUUUCCCCAUGUCAAUGGGCAAAACCAGGGACACCUCUUUGACUAUUAUCUUCAACAAGUGUGCCCCCGUACAACCGCUAGCUCGAAACUGUCAUCGCCUUUUGCGUCAGCCAUUCUUCCAUUCUGUCUAUCUGCAUCACCGAUCUUAUUCAAGGCAAUCCAAGCACUAGGUGCUUGUCACUGGUCUCGAUUCGAUGCGUCCUACAGCGUCACAGGGCUCCAUCUCAAGUCAGAAGCUUUGAGAGGCCUCCGUCACCGGCUUGCGACUGAGGGAUCCUUGAGUUGCUCCACUGACCCUGAAGUGCUGGCCAUCAUGAUGAUGCUGUGUCUUUAUGAAAUCGUGGAUAAUUGCGAUGAACGCUGGACGAUCCAUUUGAAAGGGGCCAAAGACUUGAUCCGUCUCCGAAGGCAACGGAUGGCCCUUUCCAAGUCUCGUCAUGUACAAGACCCAGUUACAGCUUUUGCAGAAUUAUUCUUCGCCUUUCAAGAUGUCAUGGGCCGUACUGCUUGCGGCGAGGAAGUUUUAUUUGGAAGUGACUACUGGCAAGAGAACGAGCGUAACAUCGAUUUAUGGAUGGGUUGUAGCCCGGAACUUGUCUCUAUCUUGUCUUCUAUCACCGAAUUGAGUCGGACCAGACGGCAGCUUUCGUCCGAUUCUGCUCACACAGCAUUCUCACUACGAGCUGCUUCCCUGGGCCACAAGCUUGAGAACUUGAUCCAGGAAAUCACCGACGAUGAGGAUCAAACUCUUCAAUCUGCUGCGGAGCUGAAACGAUUAGCUGCGGUAUUAUACCUGCACUGCGCUCUGUAUGGAGCCUCACCGUCUACUCCGUUGGUUGUUAGUUACGUUCGGAAGAUUCUACGAUUAGUUUCGGAUCUACUCGACUCUGGGUCCCUAGUCAGUAUGACGUGGCCUAUUUUUGUGGCGGCGGUGGAACUCGACCCGGCGCACGAUGAGGUGUGGUCCGAUGGUGAGACGAUUGUGCACGGCCGGCCUCUUGUAUUACGUGCAUUGGCCGCAAUGGCUGAAUCAAGUGUCUCGAAUGUUGCGCGCACGAGAGCAGUCAUUGUCAAGGUAUGGCAGGCCAGGGAUAGUGACAUGCUCAAGGGCUUCUCUGUUGAUUCAUUGGAUGGCACGACGAGCUGUAACGAUUGGGAAUGGUAUGUUGCGCCAAUUAGUACUGCCAUGAGCUUGGCAUGAUAUGGGUACAACUGUCACGAUGAAACGAGUUUAUUUUGGAAUCAUGGCACAUUUUUCUUGGGAUAUAUAUUCUCUCCUAUGUUGUUAUGUAUCUAAACCCUUCUUAAUUCAACAAGUUGUAUGAUCUUAGCCCGUAGUAUCAUCGCCCAGUGGUGUGGUGACAUGGAUUACGGGCCAAUCAGAAUUCCCAGACAGGAGGAGGGGCAGCGCGUAGUGUGAUUCGCCGAGUCCAAGCGGCAAAGGACGUCAGCGCAACAA